UCUAUUACUACGGCUGCAAACCGGAAAAACGCUGCUGCACGCUGCCGUAAAGAUUGGGCGGUUAAAAACAUCCUGGACCAUCAUUUUUGACAUUUCUUGAUUAAUAAUAUCAUUAUUAUUUGGUGAUCACCAAUAAUAUCUGGUCCGCAUUCUCUCAUCUGGACUGUCAAGAUUAACCACAAGCAAGCAUGAGCAGCUUGGAAGAAGGCUCAAGCGAUUCAGCACACACUCCCGAGCUGUUUAAGCAGCCUCUUCAAGGACUGAAAUUGGCAUCGCACGCCGUGCUGGAGAAAGUGCAGCAGAGGGGCAGGUCAAAAUGUGCUAAAUGCGGAGGAUCAAGGAUGUUCUUCUGCUACACAUGCUGCCUAUUAGUGGACGUCAGUCUGCAAGAAAUCCCCAUUGUCAAGCUCCCAGUGAAGAUAGACAUCAUUAAACAUCCCAAUGAGACAGAUGGCAAGAGCACUGCGGUUCAUGCAAAGAUCCUGGCGCCCAGUGACAUCACCAUUUACACAUACCCCUGCAUUCCUGAGUAUGAUCAAGACAAGGUUGUGUUGGUGUUCCCCGGUCCAGGCGCUGUCACAGUACAAGACAUGAUACGCUGUUUGCAUGAGAGGAAUGAGAGCAGGUCACAUGGCCCCUUGUUAAAGAGGCGGAAAAUAGAGAAGCCUCCAUCUGCCUCACACCCUCCAGACGAUCCGGGGUCAGGGAGCCCUGAUGAAACGAAGGACUACGAAUCAAGGACGCAUCCCCUCCAGAGGGUGGUCUUCAUCGACAGUACGUGGAACCAGACCAACAAAAUCAGCACAGAUGAUAGACUGCAAGACCUGCUCCAGGUUGAGCUGAGGACAAGGAAAACGUGCUUCUGGCGCUCUCAGAGGGGCAAACCAGACACUUACCUGGCAACGAUCGAAGCAAUCUAUUAUUUUCUCAAGGACUUCCAUGAGCAAUGCCUUGCUCAAGAGUACAGCGGAGAGUAUGACAACCUUCUUUUCUUCUACUCUUACCUGCACGCAGUCGUCAGAAAGUCGAAGGAGGCCGGAAAGAAGGAAGCAAAGAAGAGACAAAAACAGCAAGAGACUGAAACACAAUUGUAAAUCCAAUUCAAGUUUCAUUUUUCCGUUUGAUUUUGGAAGAGAAAGUGAUAUUUGCUUGAGUGUUUGGGAUCAAAUUUAAAGUGUAUACAAUGUGAAACGCUAUCUUGUCUCGUGUCAAAAAUAUUUCCUAAUCGAGUUAAAGCUAGUAUGUUAGUUACCAGUCAUACCACGUACAAGUCUUAAAGUCCCUGUAAAGUGAGAAUAAGUAUUAUCAAUUUGACACACUACGGAGGAAUGUUUUUAACAAAACGUCAAUUCAAAAAAUUCCAAGUACAUACAAUACAACCUCAAAAUUAUAAACAAGCCGUUCUCACCACUUGUAAACAGCCACGCCAUCUGACUAAUCUUUUGUUCUUUAAAGUUAAAAAAAUAAAAGAAUGAUAUUGUCAGCAUUA